AUGGCUCCUCCUCCUCCCCCGAUAUGUUUUCCCUUCAUGGGUUCAAAGCCAAAGCGCCGCAUUUCGUGGACGAACACCGACCAUUCCGUCGAGACCAUCCCUCGCGACCAGAUCAUACGACAGGGCUCGUAUUCUGCAACUUCCACAUUGACAUCUGCCCCAGAAAACCUCACUUUCGUAUCCGACUCCGAGAAAUAUGACGAAGUCCCAACUACUAUGACCGUCAUUCCCUCCGAGGACGACCGCAAAGGCAAGCUCGUGCGCUCUAAUACCAUGACCGGCACGAAAAAGUCGACUGCUUCGUCCAAGUGGGGUUAUGGCUGGGGAAUUGGAAGGAGAGGUGGGGAUGGCAAAGGGAAAGAGCAAGAGAAGGAUCUGGAUCGGUCUCUGGAUAGGCAAAUGUCGCAGAAGUCCCAAGUGUCCCAAGUAUCGCAUAAGACCAAAGAGUCGAAAGAGUCCGAGGCUCCUCUUUAUGUUCGCAUCCAACCCCCAACGCGGUCCAACACGAAGUCGACUCAAGCAUCCAAGUCGACGCAGGCUUCGAAGGAUUCUCAAGCCUCGAAGGCCUCACACAACACUCAAUCCACCCAUCGUAGCAAACAGUCCCAACAGAGCGAUCUCACUUACCGAAGCCAUCGCAGUUCCCCUUCGAUGGGACCUUCGGGAUCUCGUCCACAUCUAAACUCAAAUGACUCAUCCAGCACGCUUGUUGGUUCUGCCUUGGACCGCAAGAUCCAGGACACCGACUCGUAUCAAGGCAGGAUAGACACCACCGAGCGGUUGGAAGCGCUGCGAGGGCUGAUGGCAAAGGACAACCUGGACUACUACGUCAUCCCGAGCGAAGACGCCCAUGGAUCUGAAUAUGUCGCUGCUAGCGACAAGCGGAGAGAAUUCAUCUCGGGUUUCACUGGUUCGGCCGGGCAGGCUGUGGUGUCCAAAACAGCAGCGUACAUUAUCACUGAUUCGAGGUAUUGGAUACAAGCCCGAGAGCAAGUUGACCCGAAUUGGCACCUCGUUGCUGCUGGGUCGAUCGAUGGGCCGAAGGAUUGGAUAGAAUGGCUUGUGGACCGUGUCAAGGACUGCAGGAUCGGCAUCGACGCUCGCAUGUUGCCCCACGAGAAAGCCACCCUCCUGAAUUCGAAAAUAGGUACUCUCAAUUCGAAGUUGGUGUUCCCACCCCAGAACUUGGUGGAUUUGGUUUGGACGGAUAAACCUGCGAAAUCAAAGGAUCCGGUGUUCUUGCAACCCAGAGAAUUCACUGGUGAAGACGCGACCAGGAAGCUAGAGAAAGUCCGGGAAUGGAUCCGUGAUCAACCCGCUUCUACCCUGUCAUAUUCCAAAGCACCGCCUACGCCAGCUCAAAUACAUGUUGGAACGUUGAUCACCAACCUUUCGCAGAUAGCGUACUUGCUGAAUCUUCGAGGUUCCGACAUACCCUUCAAUCCGCUCUUCCAAGCGUACCUCUACGUUGGCCUCGACAAGGCAAUCAUCUUCCUCGAGUCUCCGAAGGCGCCAGAGGAUAUACAGACUUACCUCCGGACAAUUGGUGUGGAUAGGCGGGAUUACAACGAUUUGUGGACAUUCCUGAGGAAGAGGGAAUGGGGGGAGGGCAAGCUGCUGAUAUCCCCUCAAACCUCAUAUGCGAUCUCCUUGAUGCUCACACAUUUCCGCUAUACCGUUACGCCGUCGCAUGUCGAACGUAUGCUAUCGCUCAAGAACUCUGUUGAACUCGACGGUUUGAGAAGAGCUUACUUACGGGAUGGUGUUGCAUUUGUCCGCUUCCUUGCUUGGCUAGAGGUGAAACUGAGCGAAGGCUACGAUAUCACCGAAUAUGAAGCGGCUUUCCGGCUGACAGAGUUCAGACGACGCAACAAGUAUUACAUGGGAUUGGCCUAUGCGAAUAUCUCUGCGUCAGGUCCUAACGCUGCGCUGCCUCAUUAUGUACCCCACAAAGCCACAGCCAGAAUGAUUGAUCGAGAUAGCCCCUACCUUAAUGACUCUGGAGGACAAUACCGAGACGGAACUUGCGAUACCACACGCACGUUGCACUUCGGCCGGCCCACACCUGAACAGUGUGAAGCGUACACCAGAGUUUUGCAAGGACAUAUUGCUAUAGAUAGCGCAGUGUUCCCAGAAGGCACUUCCGGUGCGCAGCUCGAUGUACUAGCUCGUAAAGCACUUUGGAAGGAUGGAUUAAACUACAUGCACGGAACUGGUCAUGGGUUUGGUUCGUUCCUCAAUGUCCAUGAGGGCCCUCAAGGCUUCUCGAGUGCUGUUCCCCUAGAAUAUGGUCAUGUGGUGACCAAUGAGCCCGGCUUCUAUAACGAGGGUAAAUGGGGCAUGAGAAUAGAAUCUGCCCUCGCCGUCAAGCGCGUGCAGACUCGGGGUGCCUUUAACGGUGACAUCUGGUUGGGCUUUGAGCGGCUGACAUGUGUUCCGAUCCAAACUCGUAUGGUGAAGGAGUCUAUGUUGACCAAGGAAGAGAAACAGUGGCUGAAGGACCAUAACCAACGAUGCUACGAGAAGCUCGCCCCCUUCCUAAAGGAUGAUAAACGCGCGUUGAGGUGGCUCAAACGCGAGGCUGAACGUGGGAUCGGGCUCGUUGGCCCAGGUCCCGGCGGUGUUACCAUUGAUUGGAACUGA